CCUGCGCUCCCUACCAAAGCCACAAGCGGCGGGUGUUUGAAAUGAAGAGAGCCGGAAGUCGCUCUGCCUGCCCGUUUCCACGCAGUCCUGGCCGACACUCAAGCACUGGAAGAGAGGUUCCGGGGCUGGGCUGGCCCGGCCGGAGGCGGCGGAAUGGAGACGCGGACCGAGGACGGGGGCCUCACCCGCCGCCCCACGCUGGCCUGGUUCUGCGAUGCCACGGGCAGGGCCCUGACCCACAACCUUCUUCUCACCCGGGCGGGUCUCAGCGCCCACGACUUCUGGGAGGAGCUGCAGGCGCCCCCUGCUCCGGGGUGCGCCGGGCCGACGGGAACGGGGUCGCUAUGCUCUAAUUCAUGGAUCCUGUUUCCUUUCCACGUUGAUGCUGUUUUCAGUGCCGCACAUGAAAUGUCUUUUGGCUCAUAAACAUGGAUGAAGAGAGGCAGCAUAAAGCAUUGGAGAGGGCACUGUUACAACAACUAGGAGAGCUAGGUUCUAAGCUUGACUUUCACUAAUUGAUUAAUCCUUUGAUAAGUUAGAAAAUUACCUCCGACUUAAUCUUUUUAAAUGUAUAAACCAGUGGGUUGCAUUAGACCUUCUUGACUCUGCCUUAUAUUUCUGAAUGGCUCACUUAUAUUUACUAAUUCAGUAAACACUUUGGAUGGGCUUCUGAACACCCUUAUUUUGUAUUAAAUAAUAUUAUAGUAAACUGCAGUGUGUUAAAGUCUCAGAUUGGCAUAGUUUGAGUUGGUUAAAUAAAGGAAACUUUAAUUUUA